AUGUCUGAGGUUAUACUGUUCUUUUGUCGACCGAGUCGUACAUCACUUUUGCAGUCAGCCAGUGGAUCUGCAGACUCUUCGGGGUUUGGAAGUGUGCCGAACUCUCCCCUCGAUUUCAAGUCUCUAGGACGAAAAUCGUUGCGAAAAACCCAGAAACUCCCGAUGACCAGCCCUCGUCUCAUCAAGAAAUUUUUAUAG